CUUCCCAUCAACAACCAACGGCCAGGUGUCGUCUCUCUCGAUUUGCUUGCUCUCUUUUAAGAAAAAACCAGUGAGUGAGGGAGAGGGAGGUCUAGUCUCAAUGUCACCGCUAUACUAUGCAUCCAUCCCCAUCACCCGCGCACAUUAGCUAUAGCCUACUCACACUCGGUCAAAACUCUCAUUUUCUAAGAAACGGUUGUUUCUCCUAAAUCUGACGCUCACCUUCUCUCUCCCCGUGAACAGAAGGCGCAUUUAAUUGUUGAUCACAGCCACCGGAAGGGUGGUAGACAAAGUAAAUCUUGCAAUGAGAGGGCGUUAUGUGGAGACAGUGGUGACCAAGAAACGGGCUUCGUCCAGGGAUUUUAUUAAUGCCUAUGAUAGAGAAGAAAGUUCUGGACAUUUAGCGAUUGGAACAGCCAAAGAUGCUGGAAACCCUCACUGGAGGCAUUCUUUGGUGCAUGUACUGGUAGCAACUCUUUCUUCAUUCUUAUUCGGCUAUCAUCUUGGAGUAGUUAAUGAAACACUAGAAAGCAUCUCUUUUGACCUUGGCUUUAGUGGGAAUACCAUGGCUGAAGGUCUGGUGGUAAGUACAUGCCUAGGGGGUGCAUUUGUUGGAUCUAUAUUCAGUGGCUGGAUAGCGGAUGGUGUUGGGCGCCGCAGGGCGUUCCAGCUUUGUGCUUUACCAAUGAUAAUUGGGGCUUCAAUGAGUGCAACAACAAAAGAUCUGUGGGGUAUGCUUCUAGGGAGGUUUUUUGUUGGCACUGGGAUGGGAAUUGGCCCACCUGUUGCGGCUCUCUAUGUCACAGAGGUUUCACCAGCUUAUGUAAGGGGUACUUAUGGGAGUUUGACCCAAAUUUCGACAUGUCUUGGACUUUUGGGAUCUUUCGUUAUUGGAAUUCCAGCCAAGGACACUAUGGGUUGGUGGCGCAUUUGUUUUUGGGUGUCUGCCAUCCCUGCUGCAAUGCUUGCUCUUUUUAUGGAGUUUUGUGCUGAGAGUCCUCACUGGCUUUUAAAGAGGGGAAGAAGUACUGAAGCUGAAGCCCAAUUUGAGAAACUUUUAGGAGGAUCACAUGUCAAAUCUGCAAUUAUCGAAUUGUCAAAGUCAGACCGGGGAGAUGAAGUUGAUAAAGUGAAGUUAUCAGAGUUUCUUUAUGGUCGCUAUUUUAAAGUGGUUUUCAUUGGGUCUGCCCUUUUUGCCUUGCAACAGCUAUCUGGAAUAAAUGCUGUAUUCUAUUUUUCAUCAGCUGUCUUUAAAAGUGCUGGUGUACCUUCAGACUCUGCAAACAUAUGUGUUGGAGUUAGCAAUUUACUGGGGUCAAUAAUUGCGAUGGUUAUGAUGGAUAAACUGGGAAGAAAGGUGCUACUUACUGGAAGCUUCUUUGGCAUGGCAGUCUCAAUGGGUCUUCAAGCAACUGCAGCUACGUCAUUUGUGUCAAGCUUUGCAGCAUUGUAUCUAUCAGUUGGAGGCAUGCUGCUGUUUGUAUUGAUGUUUUCUCUCGGCGCUGGUCCAGUUCCUAGUCUCCUACUAUCAGAAAUAUUGCCAAGCCGGAUUAGGGCAAAGGCGCUCGCAGUUUGCAUGGCCGUGCAUUGGGUUAUAAAUUUCUUUGUUGGCCUCUUGUUCUUGCGUUUACUGGAGCAAAUUGGGCCCUUGGUCUUGUAUACAGUCUUUGGAAGCUUUUGUCUGGUUGCUGUGUUUUUUGUGAAGAAAAAUGUGUUGGAGACAAAAGGAAAAUCACUCCAAGAGAUUGAGAUUGCACUUAUGCCUCCAGAGUAAAGGAAGACGAAGGGAUAUUUAGUUGGAUGUUUCUAUGCCUCUGCGCCAAUUUUGCCUUGUUGAGUUUGGAGAUAGCGGUAGAAGUGGAGAAAUUGGAAAAUACAUCGAUAAUGUGCUCGCUCUAGAAGGCCCAUGUAUACCGCCGGAGCAUUAUUAUUUUUGUAGCAGGAUAAUUCACGAGCACAUCGGUGUAUACUCCAAACUGUCCACUACAGAAAUUGAAGCGAAGCAGAAUAGGUUGUAGAACUUGGGAUUCUACCCACAAAUAAUAUGCUUUACAUAUAUUAGGUUGUCAGCAGCUGACUCUAUUCCAUGCGAGAUAAAUGCAGAAAUUCAAGAACAUUAUUUUAGAAAA